UCCUCCUCUCCGCCGUGUUCUCGACAUGCUGGGAUGUCUCGAUAGUCCAGAGAGAGGGGAAGAGAGAAAUGACAAUGAACCGUUUCAGUCACCAUCUGAGGGGACGAUACGCUCGCCAGCUCGUAGAUGGAUGGACAGAUGGACAGGCGGAGAGGACAGGGAAAGAGAGAGAGAGAGAGUGCUGGUGUCCUUUACGCACAUUACGCACAGAUCUCUCCGAGCGUCCUGGCGCGACCAAUAGCAGUAGUUUGCUCGAUAACAGUAGGAGCGUAAUUGACUGUGAGUGUGUAACUUUUGUCUCUAAAUGUUUGAUUUGGACUCCAGUUUUAUGACUUCUUUCUCUGUGGCUCUGCGGUUGUGUGUCUCCGCUCCGACUGCUUGGUACUAAAUGCUGCGGUGCUGUUGCCUGAACCUCGUCUUGGUCUUAGAGCAGGUGUUUAAUUCACGGUAACAGUUUGUUUGCAUUUGUUCAUUACUGACUCUUUGGACGGGUUUUAUCUGUCUACCCGAGCGGCCAUGUCAGGACAGAAACCGUCGCUGAGAAGUGGCGGCUCCGCUCAGAGCCGCUUCCAGGUGGAUGUGGUCACGGAAGCAUCAUCCACUGUGCCCACCCCUGUCCAGGCCCCGGCUUCUGCAACUGCCCCGGGCUCCACCGAUGGAUCCAAGCCCCCUGACGAGUCCAAAGGCCGGUUCAGGGUGGUGGGGUUCUUGGAUUCGGGCGCGUUGGGCAGCGCGAUGGACAUCGGGCUCCCGCCUGAUGUGUCCCACGAGCCGGAUACGGCGAGGAGCGACUCGGUCAGCCUCCAUUCAACGGGCACGGGACACACACACAUCUCCGACUCCCACUCCAACACCUACUACAUGAGGACCUUCGGACACAACACCAUAGACGCUGUGCCCAACAUCGACUUCUACCGGCAGACCGCUGCGCCCUUCGGGGAGAAGCUGACCCGACCGUCACUGUCGGAGCUGCACGACGAACUCGAUAAAGAGCCAUUUGAGGACGGCCUGGCCAAUGGAGAGGAGCCAUCAGCAGCUGAGGAAGCAGCAUCCUUAGCAGCAAAGGAGGCAAAAGGAGGAACUAUCAAGUUUGGUUGGGUCAAAGGAGUCUUGAUCCGCUGCAUGCUGAAUAUCUGGGGUGUGAUGCUCUUCAUACGAAUGUCCUGGAUUGUGGGACAGGCAGGAAUAGGACUGACCAUUGCGAUCAUUCUGAUGGCCACUCUGGUCACCACCAUCACUGGUCUGUCCACCUCUGCUAUAGCAACCAAUGGCUUUGUGCGAGGAGGAGGAGCAUACUACUUGAUUUCCAGGAGUCUGGGACCAGAGUUCGGCGGCUCCAUCGGUCUCAUCUUUGCCUUCGCCAACGCUGUGGCUGUGGCUAUGUAUGUCGUAGGCUUUGCAGAGACAGUCGUUGAGAUGCUAAAUGAUGUUGAUGCUCUGAUGACUGAUGAGCUAAAUGACAUUCGUAUUGUCGGCGCUCUGACCAUCAUCUUGCUGUUGGGAAUCUCUGUAGCAGGCAUGGAGUGGGAAGCUAAGGCUCAGAUUGUCCUCUUGGUGAUCCUUCUAGGAGCCAUCGCUAACUACUUCAUAGGAAGCUUCAUGCCAGCAGAAAGCAAAGAGCCCAAAGGAUUCUUCGGCUACCACACUGCCAUCCUCCUAGAGAACCUCGGUCCAGACUUCAGAGACGAGGAGACGUUCUUCUCAGUGUUUGCCAUUUUCUUCCCUGCAGCCACCGGGAUCCUGGCUGGAGCCAACAUCUCUGGGGACCUCACUGAUCCUCAGUCAGCUAUCCCUAAAGGCACUCUGCUGGCCAUCCUCAUCACAGGACUCACCUAUGUGGCUGUCACCAUCUCUGCAGGCUCCUGCAUUGUUAGAGAUGCCACCGGUGACCACAAUGACACAGUCAGCGACACUGUGAACUGCACCGAUGCUGCCUGCACUCUGGGAUAUGACUUUUCUAUCUGCAAGGAGGGCGGCUGUCAAUACGGACUGAUGAACGACUUCCAGGUGAUGAGUCUGGUGUCGGGCUUCGGUCCUCUGAUCUCUGCGGGGAUUUUUUCGGCCACUCUGUCCUCAGCUCUGGCCUCGCUGGUCAGCGCACCCAAAGUCUUCCAGGCUCUAUGUAAGGACAACAUCUAUCCAGGGCUGGGUGUGUUUGCCAAGGGUUAUGGGAAGAACAACGAGCCUCUCCGUGGUUAUGUUCUGACCUUCUGCAUCGGCCUUGCCUUCAUUCUCAUUGCGGAGCUGAACAUCAUUGCUCCCAUCAUCUCCAACUUCUUCCUGGCCUCGUAUGCUCUCAUCAAUUUCUCUGUCUUCCACGCCUCCUUGGCCAACUCUCCAGGGUGGCGCCCCAGCUUCAAGUACUACAACAUGUGGGUGUCCCUUGCUGGGGCGAUCUUGUGCUGUGUGGUGAUGUUUGUCAUCAACUGGUGGGCAGCGCUGGUCACCCUGCUCAUCGUCCUCGCCCUCUACAUCUACGUCAGUUACAAGAAACCUGAUGUGAACUGGGGUUCAUCCACUCAGGCUCUGAUCUACAACCAGGCUCUGACUCACUGUCUGAACCUCACUGGAGUCGAGGACCACGUUAAGAACUUCAGGCCGCAGUGUUUGGUGCUGACUGGAUAUCCAAACUCUCGUCCUGCUCUUCUUCAGCUGGUUCAUUCUUUCACCAAGAACGUUGGCCUCAUGGUGUGCGGCCACGUCAGGACUGUGUCCCGUCGGCCGAACUUUAAGGAGUUGUCCCAGGAUCACGCUCGCUGUCAGCGUUGGCUCAAUAAAAAACGCAUCAAGGCCUUUUACACCACUGUUUUUGCUGACAACCUGAGGCAUGGGACGCAGUUCCUCCUGCAGGCUGUUGGUUUGGGUCGUCUGAAGCCCAACACAUUGGUCAUGGGUUUCAAGAACAACUGGAGCGAUGGAGACAUGAGGGAUGUGGAGAUUUACAUCAACACUAUACACGAUGCCUUUGACCUGCUGUUUGGAGUGGUGAUCCUUCGACUGCAGGAUGGCCUGGACAUCUCUCAUAUCCAAGGACAAGAUGAGCUGCUGUCAUCCCAGGAGAAGCCACCAGUUGGCAGUAAGGAGGUGGUGAUUUCUGUCAGUCUCGCUAAAGACUCAGACUCUGACUCCUGUCCUUCAAAAACCACCAGCAACCAGAGCAGCCCGCUCAUCAUGAGAGGUAAAGAAGGAAGAAAGGAAGAAGGAGGUUUAGUCAUCAGGCUUUUCAAUAAUGGCACUGUUUUUCCUGAGACCAAAUCUCCCCUGAGUCUAACUGACCAGCGCUUGUUGGAGACCAGCCAGCAGUUUAAGAAGAAACAGGGCAAAGGAACCAUAGACGUCUGGUGGUUGUUUGAUGAUGGAGGUCUGACUCUGCUGAUUCCCUUCCUGCUCACCAACAGGAGCAAGUGGGGUGACUGCAGGAUCCGCGUCUUCAUCGGGGGCAAGAUCAACCGCAUCGACCACGACCGCCGAGCGAUGGCCACACUGCUCAGCAGGUUCAGGAUUGACUUCUCUGACAUCAACGUCCUUGGAGACAUCAACACCAAACCCAAGAAACACAAUAAGCUGACUUUUAAGGAGCUGAUCGAGCCAUACAGGCUGAAAGAAGAUGACAUGGAGCAGGAGGCUGCAGAGAGGCUGAAGGCCCAAGAACCCUGGAGGAUCACUGACAACGAACUGGAGCUCUACAAGGCCAAGACCAACCGUCAGAUCAGACUGAACGAGCUGCUGAAGGAACACUCCAGCACAGCAAAACUCAUCGUCAUGAGUAUGCCUUUGGCCAGGAAGGGCACAGUGUCAAGCGCCCUCUACAUGUGCUGGCUGGAGACUCUGUCCAAAGAUGUCCCACCUCUGCUGCUGGUCCGAGGAAACCAUCAGAGUGUCCUCACCUUCUACUCCUAGCAGACACACACACACAAACGUACACUGUCCACACACAUACAUGGUGUGUGUUUGUGUCCAUGUCUAUCUGUUCAUGUGCAGCAGCACAAGAACAGAUGUAUUAUCGUGCUUUAAGUCUUACGUCACACAGAUCUGAAACCGUCCUGCUGUGAAAAGAAAAAGGGUUUAAAUCUAAUUUGGUGUUUCCAUUUGGCUCAGUUUAAGUAAAUUUCUGUUAUUAACAAAUUAAUCAACCCAAUCAACAUUUAGAUGGCUGUUUCUUUCACAUUCAGCAAUAACAGGCUGUAUACUCUAUGCCUUCUCUGUGUUUUACAUAAAUGGGAGUAACUACAGUAAAUAUCAAUUUAUUUUGUUUGCUUUAAUUUAAAAUGAUAUAAUGAUGAUUUCAGAAUAUUUGUUGGUUUUCAAGUGAUGUGUGAUUAUGAAGUAGUAUUUUUUUCACUGGGUUUCAAGUAGUAUGACAUUGUACCUCUGGUAACAUUGUUUUGUAGAUUAUUUAUUUUAUUAUAUAUUUAUUAAAAUAUUAACUAAACCACAUGAUUCUGACAAAUUCGUUUCUAUUUGGAGUUUACAAUUAAUUUCGAAUUAUUUUAGCUUCUGGACACGCACACAC